CGCAAAUUUCUGUUAAGAACUUUUAGUAUUGUAGAUAGAGAGGAUAUUUAUGAAAAAUAAGAUAAUAAACGAUUUCGGAAUAUACAAUACACAGAGCAAUCAGUUUUCUGGUUCUUCUACGCGUUUGCUGAAGUAGACUAGCGUGAGGUGCAGAGCAAAGCCAACGAAUAUCGUAUCGUCAACAUUCUCGACAUGACACUUCCCCAAAGGCUCUCCGUCUGAACGUAUGCUGUCUUUACCAGUGAUAUCCAAUAAAGGGCUAUCAGGCUUCAUCUGAUUAGUCCAAUCGGAUCAGUCAAGAUUCUUUACCGCCGCAGAGUUUAUUAAUGAGCCUGUGCCAAUUUUGCUACGACCUCAAUCACGAGCUCGUAUUCAAGGCUUUUGAUACAUAUUAGUUACAAUAGCACCAUAGUGGCUCGGUUUAUCAAAGUUGUCUUGCAAGCUCUAUAAAAGUCAUUGGACUUUAUGAUAACAAGUCAUCAUUCCGAAAUUUGCUUCGUCUAACAAGCCUUGAUCUUGUUUGAAAUGAAUCUCGAGUUCGUGGCAUACGUGGCAACAUGUAUUCUGCAGGUCUUCGGUUCCGAAAGAUAUGAGGUGUCCAAAUGGUAUCUUUGCACCCUGUUUUCCAAUACUGUGGGUCUUUAUAACAAAAGCACUGAUGGUAGAGUGUGGCAAGUUCUCGGCACUGCUUCGCUUGUACAGCACUCAAGAGCGUGAAUCAGCAUGCUUUGAGAUAAUGAACACCAUGAAUAUUACCAAUCCAAAGUGACCCCCUCGCACAAACUUCGAAGACUUCUUUCAUUCCUACUUUCAACCCCACCGUUGUACAUAGAGAUUAUCAGCUUUUGCGUCGCCUCAAGCGCUGUCAGCUCCAUGAUGCGGAAGUCUUGCCGAACUUCAUUAACAAAAUAAUAGAUUCUGGUUACCUUACUCCGGUUCCUGAUGAGAAGAGUUUAUGUUGUACAAUCUCAUCGUGUACUCGGAGUUGUGGGUGAGACUGACACCUUCGUUGGCGAAAUUGAAAAAGAGCUUACCGCGGGUGGGGGCAUAAACGACGUUUCUUUGUAUUGUUCUUUUUCAAAAGAACGAUCGAAUGUGUGCGAUAAGUACAAUUUUGGCAAGUAUGAAGCUCGUGGAAUCAUCAUUAAGCGCGACCGAUACUGUUACAACUCCAUACAUUUUCAUCGCACAAGUACUCGAAGAGCCUUUUGGAAUCCGUUAAUAGUAAAACGAAGAAGCUGAUCACCCUCUGGUCACCUUCGAAACUGGUAGUGGCGCAACAUUGCCUUCUACAUCCUUUUAACUGAGAUUUCAAUCGACGUGGAUUGGGGAUAAUUUUAUCAACAGUAACGGUAAUUUUGCUGGUCUGGAUAAGUCGCAUCUGGAUGAGAUGCCAACAUUCGAAAGAAUCUCUAGCGACUUCAACAAAGCGAAUUUUACGACCGACCUGGAUUAAGCGCCCGCCAUUAACUUUUAGAAGCGAUCGCAUUACAUAUUUAGACUUUGUUUGAUGAUGCCUUACUUGCAUGCCAAGUACGAUAGCUUUGGUAUUUGAGGUGAACACAGUGGCAUCCUAAAUGAUUUCAAUAACACAAAAAAUAUUCUGUUAAAC